AUGCUGCCCACUCGAGCGCUUCUCAAGCGUUCCGUUUGGAAAGGCCCAAACCUCGUCCCCCUCUCCAUCGUCUUCCCCAAGGGACCCAACGACAAAGUCCCUCCCGUCCGAACACAGGCCCGCUCAGCGACCAUCCUGCCCAACUUUGUCGGCCUCAACUUUGAGAUUCACAAUGGCAAGGAUUACCACCAUGUGACGAUUACGGAGGACAUGGUGGGGCACAAGCUGGGAGAAUUUGCGCCCACGCGAAAACCGAAUAUUUGGGACAGGAAAUAG